CAUCCGUCCCCUUCCUUCCCCAGCUUCGAAUCCUCCGCCCGUCUCCAAAACCCACACUCCCCCUUCCUCGCCGUCUCCGCCUUCCUCCAGGCCUUCUUCUUAUAGGCCUCGCCCCCGCACAGCACUCAUAGCUCUACCUCAACGCGUCUCACUAUGUUCUCCACGGCCAUGUCGCUCUCCACUGCGGCGGUGGUCGCUGGCGGCGCCGUCAGGCCCGACGCGAUCCGGCCGGCCGACCUCCGGUUUUGCGGUCUCCGCCGAGAGGCCUUAGGGAUUCGCUUGCUAAGCGCCUCUCCGCAGGCAGCAGCAGCCGCCAAGCGAAAGGUGUUGGCGGCAGCGGCGACGGGGAAUGGUGCCGCAGGGAGCGGCGGGUUCGAUUACGACCUCGUCAUCAUCGGAGCUGGUGUCGGUGGCCAUGGAGCUGCUCUGCACGCCGUAGAGAAGGGUCUGAAAACUGCCAUUAUUGAGGGAGAUGUCGUCGGUGGGACUUGUGUCAACAGAGGUUGUGUUCCAUCAAAGGCGCUCCUUGCUGUCAGUGGUCGGAUGCGGGAACUUCAAGAUGAACACCACAUGAAAUCUUUGGGCUUACAGGUUUCAUCAUCUGGAUACGACAGACAGUCUGUUGCUGACCACGCAAAUAAUCUUGCUUCUAAAAUCCGAAGCAACCUGACUAACUCAAUGAAAUCAUUGGGCGUGGAUAUACUGACUGGUUUCGGCACAGUUGUGGGGAAGCAAAAAGUGAGAUAUGGAAAAGUUGGUUUUCCAGACAAUGAAAUCACUGCCAGAAACAUCAUAAUUGCCACCGGAUCUGUUCCUUUUGUUCCAAAGGGGAUCGAGAUAGACGGUAAAACUGUCUUUACCAGUGAUCAUGCACUAAAACUCGAGUCAGUCCCCGACUGGAUAGCCAUCGUUGGAAGUGGUUACAUUGGACUAGAAUUCAGUGAUGUAUACACCGCUCUGGGAAGUGAGGUUACUUUUGUUGAAGCUCUUGAUCAAUUAAUGCCUGGUUUUGAUCCCGAGAUUGCAAAAUUGGCACAAAGGAUCCUUAUCAAUCCUCGUAAAAUUGACUAUCACACUGGUGUGUUUGCAAGCAAGAUUACCCCGGCAAAGAAUGGUAAGCCUGUGUUGAUCGAGUUGAUUGAUGCUAAGACGAAGGAACACAAAGAAACACUUGAGGUGGAUGCAGCCCUUAUAGCUACAGGAAGGGCGCCGUUCACCAAAGGACUUGGCUUGGAAAACAUGAAUGUUGUUACCCAACGUGGUUUUAUUCCAGUUGAUGAGCGGAUGCAAGUUAUGGAUGCAGAUGGCAAUGCGGUUCCGAAUUUGUAUUGCAUUGGAGAUGCCAAUGGUAAACUCAUGCUUGCUCAUGCGGCCAGCGCGCAAGGAAUCUCCGUUGUUGAGCAAAUAUCUGGAAAGGACAACAUUCUAAAUCAUCUAAGCAUCCCAGCUGCCUGUUUCACUCAUCCUGAGAUCAGUAUGGUUGGGCUGACAGAGCCACAAGCGAGAGAACAGGCUGAUCAGGAAGGAUUUGAAAUAAGUGUUGUUAAGACCAGCUUUAAGGCUAACACAAAAGCUCUGGCAGAGAAUGAAGGCGAUGGAAUUGCCAAGAUGAUUUACCGACCUGACACUGGAGAAAUUCUUGGAGUUCACAUCUUGGGCUUGCAUGCUGCUGACCUCAUCCACGAGGCAUCAAAUGCUAUCGCCCUAGGAACUCGCGUACAGGAUAUCAAGCUUGUUGUUCAUGCGCAUCCAACUUUGUCUGAAGUUCUGGAUGAGCUCUUCAAAGCUGCAAAGGUCACAGGUAUUCCGCAAGCUGUAAGCGAGCCAGUUGCAGCUUAGAGAGGAACAGGAGCGGAAUCCAAAUCAUCUUGCCUUAGGCCAUAGCCCCGCUUUGGUUGCCAUUUGCUACUUCACCAGCUACUGGUGACCAUAAUUAGUAAUGAGCUCCACACUGUUAGUGCCAAGCUAUCAAUUUGUUGAGGAAAAGAGAAGAUUUACUGCUUCGCUCUAUAUAUGUAUCAAAUACUUACAAUUUUUGUAGCCUGUUUAGCCAUUGUAGAUUGAUCAAUUCGUCCACAUGAGAAUAACUGUCUUGGAGCAGCCUCGAAACACAAGACUUAGAUCUAACUUCAGGUGUUAACGACUGCCCAUGUAUUGAGAUUUGUGAUGUUUUUUCACAGUCGAAAGCAACUCCAUUACUUCAGAAAAUUGUGAACCAGCA